CACUCGACCGCGCGUGUGUUGAUCUGUACCGUCGCCGUCUUCGUCUUGGUCGUCUUCGAAAUAGCGGUUUCUUAUUAUAAUUUUUUUUUCGUCUGUUUGUUGGUGAACACGACAACGAGAAACGUCGAGAACGAACCGCCACCGCCGUCGCCUUUUGUCGUCUAUUUAAAAAAAAAAAAAAUUCAAUCAUUUCGUGUUACAGCUUGAUUUUUGACAAUAUAAUAAUUACUAAUCAACAGACGAGCCUGUGUAGCUAUGCGUUGAUAGCCCUCGGAUCAUGUACCCGUGGUAUCCGAGGGAAUCCGCCGCGGCCGAAGUGUGUGCCGCCAACGGUCCUCCGUCGAUCAAGAGCGAAAACGGAUCGGCGUACGGCGAUUGCAUGGAUUACGCGUUACACUCAAAGAAGGCGGCUUUCUUGUGGCCGUCACCAGAACAACAAGCACAACAACAGCAACAGCAGCAGCAGCAACAACAACAACAACAACAGCAGCAGCAACAACAACAACAGCAGCAGCAGCAGAGUAACCUGGCCGUGGCCGGCCAGACAGCCGGCUCUGGUCAUAGCAACAACAACAAUAACAAUAACAACAACAACAGCAUCCUAAACGGUAACAAGUGCGGCGGCGGUGCCGCACCGGCCGUCAAUCCGCAACACCUACAGCAGCAAGGUGGCGCGGGACCAGGCGGCGGCGCCGGUGGCACCGGACUGGUGCACUGGAUGUCGAUGAUGGCCGAGCACAUGAACAACGCAGCGGCCACGCAUCACCACCAUCACCAUCCGCAUCACCAUCACCAUCCCGGCGACCCGGCCAACGCCAUGCACUACAUGUGGAACGCGCCCGGCGUGGACAUGCAAUGUGGCGGUCAUGGCAAAGAAGUGGACUACAGCUGGGCCAGACAGACGUCGAUGAAACAAGGCUACGAGGCCAAAAUGAACAACAACGAACACAACCAACAGCUAUCGAAAGGUAUGGAAGACGGUUCCGGCAUGUACCAGCAACACGGCGGAGGCACUCCUAGAUCUCACAGUACAGGUAGCACGGCCAGCAGCGUGUCGCCAACCGGCAACUCGGCGCCUCCGAUGCUGAUCGUACCACAUCCGAUUAACGCCUCUAAGAUCACCGACGCACAUCACGUUGUCACCCAUCAGAACGGUGGAGGCAGGAAGUACACAUGCAAAAUGUGUCCGUCGGGUCGAGGUAGAAAGCGGGGCGUGAACAAAGGCAGAGACGGUCUCGGAUGGUCGAGUGUAGACCACGGGAACCCCGAGAUAUUCUCGUCCAAGUCCGAGCUGCAACUUCACUCGCAGCUGCACGUGAAAGACGUGAAACCGUACAAGUGUCACCAGUGCAACAAAACGUUCGCCAACAGCUCGUACUUGAGCCAGCACACCCGCAUCCAUCUGGGCAUCAAACCGUACCGGUGCGACAUUUGCCAGCGGCGGUUCACCCAGCUCAGCCACCUCCAGCAGCACAUACGCACCCACACCGGCGACAAGCCGUACAAGUGCAGACACCCGGGCUGCACCAAGGCGUUCUCGCAGCUGUCCAACCUGCAGUCGCAUUCGCGGUGCCACCAAACGGACAAACCGUUCAAGUGCAACUCGUGCUACAAGUGUUUCGUCGACGAGGCGGCCCUGCUCGAGCACAUACCCAAACACAAAGAGUCCAAACACCUCAAGACGCACAUAUGCCAGUAUUGCGGCAAGUCGUACACGCAAGAGACGUACCUGUCCAAGCACAUGCAGAAGCACGCCGAGCGGAUGGACAAGAGGCCGCCCAUCAUCGGCAUACCCCGGGUGGCGCUGGAAAACGGCGCGUACUGGGGCAAGAUGUCGCCAGACACGGCCAACAACCUGGUCGAGGCCAUCAACCAGCAGCAGCAGGAAUGCCUGCAGCAGCAAAGCGGUGGCACUGGCGGCAAUAGUGGCGGUGGCGGCGGCGAACCCAUGCAAAACGGCGGUCCCGGCUCGGCGUCCGCGUCCGCAUCGGCCGCCGACGACCAGCCACCCCGUCACUCUCACUUGCCGCCCGCGCCGCCCGAAUACCUGUCCGAACCGUCGGCGCCCAAGACCAGCACUUCGGCGUUCACGCCCAUCCAGUCGUUCGGCCUGCCGGGACACCCGCCGCCGCCGCCUCACCACCAACAGCAUCACCAUCAGCAGCACAACCCGGGGCCGCCUAUGUACCUGCCCUACAACCAUUUGUCGUUCCCCGGGGCCAAGCAGCUCGCGCACGGCCACCAGCUGUCGCCCAUGCCGGGCCCGAUGGACAUGAAGUCGCCGUCUGUGCCGAACAGUUUUCCCAACCAACUGAUCUCGCUGCACCACAUACGCAACUACUCGCACCAGCCCAGUCCGUCGUCCAUCAUGUCCGAACACCUGUUGCACGGCAUGAAGGACAAGGUACAAUGAGCCACCGCCGCGUGUGUGAUAAGAAACCGCGCCAGUGAUAAGACAAUGUAUAAAAGGACGACCUCCGACCACGACCACCACCACCACAUGUAUUACACGCCAGUCGACGACGACAACGGUUUUACUUCUCUUCCAAAACGGAAUACGAUUCGUUAAUGUUUAAUUCGUUAAUUUGUUUUGUUUUUUUGUUGAUGUCGUGUCCCCGUCAUCGUUACAACAGACUCUCCCGUUCGCGUUUUAACCUUUAGUAUAAUAAAUUAAGUUUUGGUGUUAAAUUAUUAUUGGACGAGUAUACGUUUUUAUUAUGCCCGGCAUCGUCGCUAACGUAUUUUUUGUAAAUAAAUAGAAAAAAAACAAAGAAAAACUCAAUAUUAAUAUAUAUAUUUUUUUUUUCAAAAAUUGUCUGUACUCAAGACUGAGGUGUACAUAACAAUAAUAAUAAUAUUAUAAUAAAAAACCACCAAAACGGAAUCCAAAAUGGUAAAAUAUUAACUAAAAAAAAAAUGCAGUUUGUAAUAUUUUUUUGAAAUGUUAUCGACUACAUUUUUUUUUCAUUUAGAUUUUACCAUUAAACGUUAUUAUUAUUUAUUAUUAUUUAAUAUAUAUAUAUUUUUUUUUUUUGAGAACGUUAGGGACACUUUUUUUUUUGUUUUUUCAAAAGAGGUCAGUCGCACGGAUCUCAGUAAAUCGUUUUAGAUGACAUUAAUAUUUGGUUUUUGAAAACUUACUGAAGCGAAAAAUCACUGUAGCAGUGUGUGUGUUAAUCAUAUUUUCUCAUGUGAUUGUUACCAUUUUGUAAUAAUAAUAAUAGUAGGUAUAGUAGUCAACGAGUCACGAAGGUAAUUAACAAAUUCCUAAAACUAAAACUUAAUUAUAUUACUACGAUAGGACAUAGGAUACGUACAAUUUUACUUUUAAAAAAAAACAAUUUUUUUUUUUUACUAAUUAGUUUAAAACGUUAAUUUUUUAAUUUAAUAUUAUUAUUAAUAUUAUUGAAUAAUUUUUAAUGCUCAAUUUGUAUUAAAUUUCGUUGUUCCGCUUUUAAACAAAUUAUGUAAUUUUUUUUUUUGUUUUGUCGUUGUGAUGGUUCGGUACUUAAGGCUAACAAUUUGUAUUUUUAAUAUAUAAUUUUUUUUUUGUUGAACUAUUUAAAUUUACAAUUUGUACAAAAAAAAACAAGAUACGAAGAAAAGAAAAAAUACAUUGUAUAUUAUUUUAGUGAUAAAGUUAUUAUUAUUAUUAUUAUUAUUAUAACAACGCGACUAUUAAGUUUGUUAUAAAUUCAAUACAAUUUU